GGCUUCCGCCGGAAGCGGCUGCCGUCAGGCGUCGUCGGGGGUGCGAGCUUGGCGGGGGUGGGUCGGCGGCUCCGGGGGCCCGAGGGCGAAGCUCGGGCGUAAGCCGGGCCGGCGACAUGGACGUUCUGAAGUCGGAGAUCCUCCGGAAGCGGCAGCUGGUGGAGGACAGGAACCUGUUGGUGGAAAAUAAAAAGUAUUUCAAGCGUAGUGAACUUGCGAAAAAAGAAGAGGAAGCCUAUUUUGAAAGAUGUGGCUACAAGCCUAUAAAUGAGAAGCCAUCUGGAGAGAUACAGCCAAAAGAAGAGGACCAGAAACCAUUAACUUCUUCGAAUCCAGUGCUAGAACUUGAACUGGCAGAGGAAAAGUUACCCAUGACUCUUUCCAGGCAAGAGGUUAUCAGAAGAUUGAGAGAAAGAGGAGAACCCAUCAGACUAUUUGGAGAAACUGAUUAUGAUGCUUUUCAACGUUUAAGAAAAAUCGAGAUCCUCACACCAGAAGUUAACAAGGGGUUGAGGAAUGAUCUGAAAGCAGCUCUGGAUAAGAUUGACCAGCAGUACCUCAAUGAGCUUGUGGGGGGUCAGGAACCCGGAGAGGAAGACACACAGAAUGAUUUGAAAGUUCAUGAAGAAAACACCACAAUCGAAGAGUUAGAGGCAUUGGGUGAGUCUUUAGGAAAAGGCGAUGAUCAUAAAGACAUGGACAUCAUUACGAAGUUCCUUAAGUUCCUCCUGGGUGUUUGGGCUAAAGAGUUGAAUGCCAGAGAAGAUUAUGUGAAGCGCAGUGUACAGGGCAAACUGAACAGUGCUACUCAAAAACAGACUGAAUCCUAUCUCAGACCUCUUUUCAGAAAGCUACGGAAAAGGAAUCUUCCUGCUGAUAUUAAAGAAUCCAUAACAGAUAUUAUUAAAUUCAUGUUGCAGAGAGAAUAUGUGAAGGCUAAUGAUGCUUAUCUUCAGAUGGCCAUUGGAAAUGCCCCUUGGCCCAUAGGUGUCACCAUGGUUGGUAUCCAUGCCAGAACUGGUAGAGAAAAGAUUUUUUCUAAGCAUGUUGCACAUGUUUUAAAUGAUGAAACACAGCGGAAAUAUAUUCAGGGAUUGAAGAGGUUAAUGACCAUUUGCCAGAAGCACUUUCCUACAGAUCCAUCAAAAUGUGUGGAGUACAAUGCACUGUGAUAUCUGUGUGGUGUCUAAGUAACAAGAAACUGCAGUGAACGUGGUACCGACUUCAGGAAUCACCAGCAAGAGCGAGGGAAGAACAGUGCAGCCUCCUGUGGUUCCGUUCUCCCCAUGCUACUCUCUCGGUUAUAAGAAAUGGUGUUGGCUCUCCUGUCACCUCUGGCUGCAAACUGAUUUUUGUGUCAUUUACUAUAAAUAGGCAAGAAAUUAAAUUCUGAAGACUUCUCCUCGAAUUUAAAUGUGUAGACAACUGUCACAGAAGGGGGUCUAACGUGACCUCUUCCCUCUAGACCUGAGAGUUGGCAGUUAGAUGAUUAAAAAGGAACAUUUAAGGAUGGACUUAAUUUUUUCUGUAAAAUAUGAUAAUUUUCACAUUGUCUUUUAUGUAGCAUUUAUAAAAAGUAUUUUUAUAUAUUUCAACAAAAAUAUGGAACCAUUUAAUGAAACUUUAUAGUCCUUAAACGUUGCUGAACUUUUGCCAUCUUGCAAUAGAAUUGGAAUGUAAAUGUUAUUACUGUUAACUCAAGUGUUGUUUUUCUUGCAUUUCAAGGCUUGCUUUUACCUUCUAAGGAGUGUAAAUAUUAGUAUCUGUCACCUCUCGGGACAGAAAGAAUUAACAGGAAAUUGAAGUUCAAAAAAGAUGGUAUGUUAUAUCAAUAGAAGUUUAAGUUAAGGAACCCCAAUGCAUCGAGGUUCAAGGUGAGAUAGUGGAUUGUCAAGCUAGCCAAGGACAGGGACGUUGUGAUGCCACUGGUUCUUCCCCGACCAGGACUGCCUGCGAGUCUCCCCGUUGGCCUGGCCUGUGCUGACUGCUCCUCCAGAUUCCACGCCGCUGGGCAGAGGAGCAAGGUGCCAGGACUCUGGUCACUGCCCAAGACAGUAGGUCAUGGGUCUGAGUUGGCACAGACAAGGACUUCUGAAUUGCACACAGUGUCCUACCCAGAUACUGGUGAUGAAUUGCUGCGCUCUGCAAGCUGAGAGGACUCAGUUAAUAGAGGAAGGUGGGUGAAUGGAGUGGACCUGCCCAGGUGAAGUGGGGUGUCGGACAGCAGUAAGGGGGGACUCCUGAGUCAGCACUGCCGAGCUGGAGAUUCCCACUCUCCCCCCAUGAGUGCAUGACCCUGGGUGUCACCUACCCCAUCUCCGCCUCAUUUGCCCCAUCUCCAAGUGGUCUUGAGGAAUCGGACUGUACCUCAGCGUGCUGUUGUGGUGUUCAAGUCAAAUAAAAUGCUUACCACACCGCCUGGCA